GUCAUAUUUGUGGCAGUUACCUGAGAGCGACGAGAUUAAAGGACGCUGCUGGCGGCGUCCACUUUAAUCUACACACAAGAAAACAACAUGGUGGAACAAACAAGGCAGCCGAGUCGUGUCGUGUCCCUCCAGGCUGGACCUGGUGAGGUGGACACUGACACCCUGUUUGAUAUGAACCUCAGGAUCAAUGGCAGGGCUGCACGGGCCUUUGGGCGCCAGUUGGCUGUAAUUGGAGACCAGCUGAACGGGGAGUGGGCGAGCAGACAGCCAAACUGGUUACCAACUCCUCUUCACAUGCUGAGACCCGCUCAGGCACUCACCAGGACCAUAUACCGGGACGUACGCAGUCAGUUGUGGGGCCUCCAGGGCCUGUCUGCUGCAGUGAAGGCCUGGAUAGCGAGCACUGCACCUGGGAAGGGGAUCCUCAGAGCUGACGCCUGGGCCGCCUGGGUGUCCAAUCUGAAACCAGUAACCUGCACUGGCUGGACCAGAGGAGCACUGGUGACUGUGGCGCUGAUGGCCGCAGUGACCAUUUUCGGUGCACUGUGGAUGGAAUGGAGAGCCUAAAGGGGCCAUAAGCAGGUCUUUAAGGCCGUUAUAUAUUUGAUUUUUUUUUUUUUUUUUUUUUUGGGCAAAUGAUGAAAAAUAUUGCUAACUGAUUUGUUUCUGCUGUUUACUUUGAGUUCUCUUUUUAUAUCACUUUAAUUAUGUAUUGAAUUUGAUACUGACAGAGCCCCUCAAGUCUUAAAAGGUGGAGUUUUUUAUCGGGCUCACAAGUUAUUUCAAUCAGGAGAGAGUUGUUUUUAAGAAUAUUUAUGAACAUGUGCACAUAAGUAUGAAAAAUGAAAAGUCUUUGGCAGUUAGACCCAGUCGAGAUGGUAUGAUUUAAGGAGGGUGAUGAAUUUUGAAGUUGAACAGAAUAGACACUGGUGGUGGGAGAGGUGGUGAAGAUGAGAUGAGAUGCGGAUGGGAUGAGAAGACGGAGAAGUGCUGAUGAUCUGGAUGAGUAGAGGAAUGAGCCUUUGUUGGGAUGGGAAAAUUGGAUGGUGUACGUUACAACUGUAUGCUUUUUUAAAAUUAAUGAAUUCAGAUAAAAAUAUCACCUUUCAGGACCUUAGGGACUCCAUACUAUAUGAAACAGGUUUAAAAAAUGCUGUAAAAUUUUUCAGGGCAUGUGGAAAUUGUUUAAAUGGGUUUUACAGUGUUGCCCAUGGGGGUUGGCCAGCGUAUUGUAGCAGUGACAUGUUGGUUCACACUUGUAUUAAUGUCAACGAGCAUGUUACCCGUGUAUGGACUGUUGCUGGCCUGCAGUCUUUUUGUACCCUGAUUAGUUUCUUACUGGUGUAAGAGGCCAAAUUUUUUUACAAAUGAUACUUAGCCUGGCUUAAUGUAAGAUGAAGGGAGCUGGACUUUCUGUUUCA